CAAGAGUCGCUCAGUGUCCUAUACAAGAGUAUGUUAAAUUGUUAUCGCGCCAAGCAGACAGCAGUCAGAUCAGAGUGUGUAUAGCGUGCAGACCUCCAUUCGUGUUCAACUCUCAGCGUCCGCAGUUUCUCUUAGCAAUCGGCAAUUGAACAUUUAUACUCCUUAUACGCAUAAAGGAUCAUAAAGAGAUCAUAUAGCGGUUCAAUAAAAAUAUCAAACCGAGAUAUUGAUUCUAGAAAAAAAACACGUAUUUAGCUGAUUAUACAUCAUUAAUUGUUGUUCUUCGCCAAAAACCAUGGAUUUACAAUCUGAAUUACAAACUCAAACUGAAUUACAAUCUACUUUGCAAUCCGAAGUACAAUCCGAAGUACAAUCCGAAGUACAAUCCAAAGUACAAUCCGAAGUACAAUCCGAAUUACAACCUGACUGUCAUGAUGCUAACAAUCAAAAUAUGAAGUUGGUUUCAUCUGUAGAUCCUCCUGUCAUUGAGAGAAUGGAAACCAGACGUAUGGCUUAUCGUAGAAAGGUCGAAGAAUUUACUAAGGCUCAGGACAAAAUAACAGAAGAAGCGAAAAAAAAUAGCUACCCGCCUAUAAUAACCAAAGAAUACGUCGAUGGAGUAUUGAUCUAUCCGAAGGAUCGUACGCAAAUUGUGUUGCUUAAAUGUGACAAUAUUGUACCUAUUAAGCGCCCUAAUUACUUCGGCUAAAGAAAAUAUACAUAGAAACAGGCCCAUAGCCAGAGCAAUUUAAGCAAAGUAAAUUUUUUUUUUGAGGGGGGGGGCAUUAUAAAUAAAAAAAAUUUCUUCCUAAUAUUUUUAAUAUUUUUAGGGGUAUUUAUUGUUUGAAUACCAAACACUAAACAUUUAUUAUUAUUAUUAUUAUUGUGGUUAUAAUAAUUGUAAUAUAUUUAUAAUAUAUACUCACUAUUAUUUAA